AUGGCUGGCAAGCGGAGCAAGCCCCUAAUCUUGAAGCGAUACAACGAGAAAGCCAAGACACGACUCUCCUCUCUGCUUUCAUCUGCAACCCCAGCCUCUAACACUUCAACGCCUGAAGGCGGACAAGACAAAAGCCACGAAUCCAACGACGGUGACAACAUCCAGGCAGCAAAUUCCUCUCUCAAGUAA